AAUUUAUGAGUGUUACAUGACUGUUUUCAUACUGAUAAUGUAAGCUGUCACUUUUCGGAAUGAAAGACAAUGUCAGAAUCUAUUUUUAAACCUAACAUCAUGAGGAAGCUAUCUAUAGAUCGGUAAUGUAGGGAUAAACUUAGUACGUUAUAAAAGUACCUAAAGUUACAACUUCAUGAUUUGAAAAAAAAAAAAAAUCAGCCUAUUUCUAAUGUUCAACUUCAAUGAUUUCAUGAUGGAGAGGUCAAUUCUAAUUCCAUUGACUUGCUUAGGCUGUUUCUGGUGUGUUAUAUCCGCUGUGCCAGUGGUGUACGCACCAAACAGAUUAACAUUCCUGGAAGAGCAUCAUUCCAUUAACCCCAUCCACUAUACGCAAGAGCUCAGAGAGGGAGACAAAUCACUCCAAGACAAAGACCACUAUCUGUACAGCAGUACAAACAAGCAGACAAUUAUUUUGUAUGAAAAAAGCUUACUCAUGUUUUUGCGUAAAUUAUUCAGUUAUGGUCAAGGGACUUUGAAAGCCAGUUGGAUUACAUGUCACUUUUGUGAACUUGUGGCUUCACAGAUUCACAAUAUGAUAGCAAAUAAUGCAUCAUGGGAUGACAUUAAAUUGGUUGUUGGAGAAUCCUGCAAGCUCUUAAAACAAGAGACACCUAGAGUGUGUGAUGGGCUUGUGGAAGAAUUUGCUCCUGAAGUUCUGACUGUGUUAGCCAAUACAAACUUCAGCUCAGAAGAACUGUGCAGCUUUCUGCUGGGUCCAGAGUGUGCAGGCCCGGAUGUCCCCACUUACCAUUGGAAUGUGACAUUUCCCCCAGUGCCACAGCCUCCCCCUGUGUACCCUACACCACCUAAGCCUGGUUCCCCUAGGUUCAAGUUUCUCCAUCUCACAGACAUACACUUUGAUGCUGAGUACAAGGAAGGUAGCACUGCCGACUGUAAUGAGCCUCUGUGUUGUAGGGAUGACAGCAACACUCAAGACUAUAAGAAAGCUGGAAAGUUUGGUGACUACAGAAAGUGUGACAUGCCCUUGUGGAGUCUGGAGAAUAUGUUUUCUGUAUUAGCUGCACAAUCAGAUUCUUUUGACUACAUCAUAUGGACAGGUGACCUACCACCUCACAAUGUCUGGAAUCAAUCCAGAACUGACCAAGUGACCACCCUGAAGACCAUCGUUGGCUUGUUCCAUAAAUAUUUCCCAAACAAACCUGUUUUCCCAAGCCUUGGUAACCAUGAGAGCUCUCCUGUGAACAGUUUUCCUCCACCCUAUGUUACAAAUAAUGAGUCAAUAUCCUGGCUCUACGAUGCUUUAGCUGAUCAGUGGAAACAGUGGCUGCCCACAGGGGCGCUGGAGACUGUUAGAUGGGGAGCCUAUUAUGUGACUUCAGCUUUUCCAGGUUUAAGAAUCAUUUCCCUCAACAUGAACUAUUGCAAUAAUCAAAAUUGGUGGAUGCUUCUCAACUCCACUGACCCAGCUGACGAGCUCCAGUGGUUAAUAUCUGUACUCCAAGCUGCAGAGAAUGAUGGAGUCAAAGUGCACAUUUUGGGUCACAUCCCUCCAGGAAUUGAUGACUGCCUCAAGAUCUGGAGUUGGAACUACUAUAACAUCAUCAGCAGGUAUCAAAAUACCAUUGCAGGGCAAUUUUUUGGCCACACCCAUUUUGACAGUUUCUCUGUCUUCUAUGAUAUCGAGACCCUAAAGAUCCCAAUCAGUGUUGCUUAUGUGGCCCCCAGUGUGACUCCAUACACAGACUUAAACAUGGGAUACAGGAUCUACACUGUAGAUGGCAACUAUCAAGGAAGUUCAUUUCAAGUGCUGGAUCAUGAGACUUACUUCAUGAAUUUAAGUAGGGCUAAUGAAGAGGGCAAGAUGACCUGGGAGUUUGAGUACUCAGCUAAGGAGGCUUACAAUAUGUCAAGCGUGUACCCUAAGGACUGGGAUGAACUGAUAAAGAUCAUGUCUGUAAACAAUACAGUCUUAGAACAAUACAAUAAGUACUACACCAAGUCAAGAAAUUCUGGCAAGUGUGACAAGACCUGCAGGACAUUGAGACUGUGUGAAAUGAGAAGUGGCCGAUCACAUGACCCCAGCCUCUGUAGCAAUCUUGGACUCAAGGAUGAAGGAGAUUUAAAACAUUUGCUCAGCCAGCAGCCCAAACAUUGCUGACCAGCUCACCCAAACAUUGAUGAUCAACUCCCCAAACAUUGUUGACCAGCUCACCCAAACAUUGUUGACCAGCUCCCCAAUCAUUGUUGACCAGCUCACCCAAACAUUGUUGACCAGCUCACCCAAACAUUGCUGACCAGCUCCCCAAACAUUGUUGACCAGCUCCAGGAAAUUUCAUCAUGACAAAGAGAUUUUACAUUGAACUUCAGUUGUAAGUAAACUGCAAGAAAAACUGAUUUCCUAUGAACUUGAAGAGAACUAGUUUAUGCUUUCAUUUCUUGUGGCUAAUUAGAAACGAAAGAGAAAAACAACUUUGAUCUACAAAUGUCACAGAUAUGAAAUGGCAAUUGAAAUCAAAUUACAGUUAAGAAAAAAAAAUGGAGUUAUUUAUUGUAAUAUGUUCUAGCAUUGGCUUGAAAACAAAAACCUAAUUGCAUAUCAAUUCAAAAAUGUAUUUUUUUCUACUUAAUUUUGUUAAUUUGUUGCUUGUUCACAGAUCCAGACAUGUUUGCAAUAUAUUUAUCUCAAAGCUAGAAAUAGACAUUUCUAAGUGAUUAUAAUUAAAGUCCAUGGGCAACUGCAAUAGGAAGCUUAUCUUGUAUUUCAGAUAUUAAUUAAAGACAUUGAUUCCAAUGCCUAAAUGGCUAACUCUAUGAAGACUAAAAACAAUUUGAGUGAUAGCAAAGAUAUGUGUAUACAUGCAUCUCUAAUCAAAAGCUAUUUUUAUUUUUUGCUUUGUGAAGUUUCUAUUUUGAAAAAAAAAUUCUAUUGUUUCAAAACUUAAAAACGUAAUAUUUUUUUUUGUAAUUUAAAAAGCUACUUUAAAGAAAUUGUGUCCGUUUUGUUAUUCACCUUUGAAAACUCUUUACUGUGGCCUGCAUAAUAAAGAAACACACACACUUUAAAACAUCCUUUUACUCUGGUUCCUUUUAGCUAUCAGCAGGUCAUUAGAAUGUUAAGCAAAUGUUAUGGUUUUCAAUUGUAUAGUGUCUUUAACUGCAGCCAUUUCCUUGGUGCUCAAUUGGUUGCUAUUUCCCUAUUAUUUAGGAAAUGCUUUUCUGUAAACAUGAACAAAGUACUUUUGUCAGAGUAGACAUAUGAUUGAAACCCCAAAUAGUAGAAUUCAAUUGUCAAUACACUUAAUUACAGCCUUAUCUGUUUAUCAUAGACAUAUUGUUUUGACUUCCUCCAACACAGGAAAUCAUUAGUUUCUUGCUAACAGACUUAUUUUAUUAGAAAAGUUUGGUAUCCACUGUGACCUGAAGACCUACUAUUUAUUUCUGUUCAUGCAGUCACAGAUACACAUGAUUCUCUUAAAGCACUGAAUCUCUCUGGGCCCGGUUUGAAAAUCUCAUGUCCUAACAGGGGCACUUUCUAAUUUCACUUUCCACUUCAUUAAAAGUUAUUCCAAACUUUUGUGCAUUUUCAAGAUACAGCUUUGUUUCCAUUACGUAAUUCUGAGUUGUAACAGCAGAUGGUAUAACAUUGUUGGUCAUUCAUCUUUAAUGAUUUUAUCAAUCAAAUCAACAAAUAGGCAACAUUUGUAAUGCCAGAGGGAUAUGUCACACAUGUGCCUCAAAUAACUCUGUUAAUGGCUUUUCUUUUUUUUUUCUAUGGAGUAUUUUAUGGUAUAUCACUUUUCAAGCUUAAAUGCUAUACUUUGAUUACCAGGAAACAGUGAUGUAGCUAGGAAUUCCCCACCAUUUGGAGGCCUGGGGGGCUUGACAUCUUUGGGGUAUCUGCAUUUUGCGUAAUAUUUCAUGUAAAAAAAAAUAUUUGACACUCAUUGUGGAGCCCCCCUCAAGUGGGGUCCAGGGGGAUUUUCAAAUCCCCCCACCUCACCCCAGCCACGCCACUGUUAACACACAUUUGAGUUUCUUUUUCUUGACCAUUACUAUUUGUGCUGUAAAAGAUUUUGAUUUUUCAAUGAUCCAAGGGUUUUCAGCUCAUUUUUACCUAAUUUUUAUUUAUUAGUUUAGCAGUAACUUACAACAACUUUUUUUCUAGUUUGUCAGUCAUUACAGUAAUCAUGAGAUAUAGCUGUUGUUUUUCUGGUAUUUUAGCAAAACUGCUCCAACUUGAUUUUAUUGACUUCCACAAAUAAUCCUAAUUUUAAUGACUCCAAUUUUUCAAUAUGAUUGACUUUUUCUGCUGUUAUUACAAUGAUAAUUUUCUUCUACUGGUUUGAUAUCAGUAUUGAUUAACUCUCAGUUUCUGGUGUACAGUAGGAAACAAAUGACAGCUUCUAUAUUUGUAGGAAUGGGUAAGCUCAAUGGAUACAUAAAAUGUUUUUCUGAGUUUCUUGUUUUUUCAUUUCUUUAUGUCCUUGCAUCCAUGUCAUUUAAGUUUUCAAGAGGAGUGGUUUACAUUAUCUUACAAUAUUUAGUCUUGACUUGUGUUUAUAGUAAAACAUUCCUGGUGUGCAAGAUUUGUCUGAACCUUCACUAAUGAGCCAUAUUAAAGGCUGCACUCAAUCUUGCCUAAUGCCUUAGUACAUCUCACAUACAUAGAUUGCUGUGGGGACGCCAUUAGUUUUGAAAAGGCAGAUGUUCGUUGUCGUGUUGAUUGACAGAUUUGCUUUAAUAGGCGUCAUAGGCUUUCUGAAUUGGCAUACCACAUAAAACAUCCUUUUUGUUGGUAAAGAUAGGUUAACUUCUAGAUCCAGUUUAAUCUACAACGGUAUGAUGUUGAUGGAGACACCAAUUGCUGUAUAUCCAACUUCCAUUUUUUUGGGUCAGAUCCAAGUUAAUCCUGAGUAUGAUUUUCAAUGCUCCUCCAUUGAGUCUACUCAUCAUGUCUUGUAAUACUCUUGUAGCUCCAAGUAAUGAAAUAUGGUGGCAAUACUCAGAUCUAUCAUAUACAAAAGUCAAUUCAUUUCCUUGUUUUCUUCAUUACAUAGUUGUUGGCUUAAAGGAAUUAAAAAAAGAAGAUAAAAAGGACUCGUGUUGCACACAUCACUCUGAAAGUGUCCAAAAUUAUAUUUUAUUUUAUCUUGACAAUUGGUUCUAUUGUUGUGGAUUUUCUCUAAACUAUAUAAUUCUUUUUAAAAAAAUACUCGCUUUAGUCAUUUUCUGAAACUUCUUUAAUUGUCAUAUGAUGCAUAGUUCCACUAAAUUGAAUGAUGUGUGGUAUGGAUCCAAUCUUCUUGAUAUUUAAAAUCUACAUCCUUUUUUUCUUUUUGACAGGAUUUAGAUCAGUGACUUUUUGUAUCCUGUGUAUGUAAAAUCAAUUCUUUUGUAAUAUUUGGUCUGUACUCAUUUGAUACUCAUUUAUUUUUUUUUAAAGCAUUACUUUUUUACAACUAUUCAGGCUUGUGGUCACUUUACUAUUUCACUGGCAGGACAUUCUUAGGCUAACACUUUGUACAAUGGGGUAGGAUAUCUUAAUGUUUUCAUGAUUUGUAUAUGCAAUUUUUUUUCUUGUUUCUAAAUGUUAUAGUGUCAUAAUUGAUUAAUAAUAAUAAUUAAUAGAUUUAACUAGCUGAUAUCAGAGCUAAGCUACGGUUGAAAUAGUUGGUAUAUAUGUUUAAUUUAUCUGGCACACUCUUAAACCCAUCAAUAAAACGACCUGUAUUAUAAUGCAUCAACACAAUUUUUUAGCCCUGUUGUAUCUGCUAAUGGAAUGGCUGCCCUUGAAAAUUAAAACUGCAUUAUUAUACCUGUUGAAAUAGUUGGUACCUUGUAUGUGUAUAUUGCCUUGAACAUUUUUAAACCCAUCAAUUAAAUGGCCUGCUACCCCACAGCUAACACAAUUUUCUAGCCCUCAAAUUCAAUAAGUCCCCUUUAUUUCUGUCUCCUUCUCUGGAAUGGCCAGCAAACCCCUAGUGUGGAGUAUGCACAAACACUUCUUAGGCCUAUCAGUUGUAGCCUUCUCAUGUGCUUGCAUUAUAAUGCCUUCACCCACCCAGUAUUUUUAAUGAAACGACGUCCCUAAGCUCCCCCAACAAUACACUUUUUGGCCCUUGUAUAUUCUGUGGAACAGCCAGUAUUACAAUAACAUUGCAUAAUUUUUUGUCAUCCUCCAAUAGAAAGCCCUCACUCUCAACCAUGAACUUUUAAGCUGCCCUUUUUUUUUUUCCUCAUUGGCUUACGUUAAGAUAUGUAGUGCGACAAUUAAUAAUAGCAGUGAGUCAGUCGUUAGGACCAAGAAUUUUAUAUUGUACAUUAGUUAUUAGUAAGGAUAUUGACUCAAUAGUCAAGUGUGUGACUUCAUCCUUGUUUUAAGCCUAAAAUUGAUAAAUUUGUUUAAAUUUUACUUACACCUUCUUAUAUUUAAAUUUAUUUACAUCAUGUUGCCAGUCUUAUUUAUUGUUAACUAAAUUAUUGUUGACAUUUUUUUUUCCUUUUUAGUUUUUAAUAUGAAUUUUUUUUUAGGGGCGGGGGAUUCAAAAUGUUGGAAACAGUUUGUUUCUCAAUUUUUUUUUGUUUUUUUAUUAUUGUGAUAAAAAAAAUCUUACCUUAUAUUUCACAAGCAUUCCCAUCCAACUCUGUGUUAAAUUUAGAGUUAGGGAGAUGUUCCAUUUUUUCCCCAGUGUGACUUGUUCAAAACUUAACUUGGUUAAAAAGUCAACAGAUAUACAGGAGAUAGAGAGGAAGUGUGUUUUAAAUGGUUUUUUUUUUUAUUUCCUUUUUGUUUGUAUUGCAAAGUUUAGUAUUAAGGUUAGAAUUAUCUGGGUUUUUUUUGUUGUUGUUGUUGGUUUUAUUCAAGAUGUUUUAAAAACUUAUGGAUUACCAGGAUUUGUAUUAUAUAAUUACACUUGUUACUCUUUUUUGUGUUCUAAAUUUUGUAAAUGUUAUAAUUGUUAAAAUUAGGAUUAAAAUUAUAUUAAUAUAUUUUACAUGUGAAUAUUGCAUGCACAUAAAUAUAAUUUUUCACGAUUUAAAAGGGAGUUAGUGUUUAUCCCCAAACUUUCAAGUGAAGUGCAAUUAAUCAUGUAUUGUGUGUGCAAAUUGUUUUGUCAGAAUUUAUUCUUACUAAUCCAAAUAUUUAUAGGAAACUUAAUUAGCUGAGUUGUAAUCUUUCAACAAACUGUCUCUAUUGACAGCAGCUAUACCCCUAUGGUUAUCUCUAACAUAACUGGUAAUGAAUAGGGGCUUAUAUUUAUUGACAACUCAUCUUCAUCAUGUAGGGAAUCCUUUAUAAGUUACUUGGUAUAAAACUUAUUGUGGCAGCUAUCAUGAGGACACUAUUCCCCCCCCCCCACCACAAUAAAUGUAAAUGGUCAUAUACUUUUAGAUGCUUUUAUUUGUAUACAUAUGUCAGUGAGCAUCACUGUAGUUCUUGACAACUAUUUGCUAAUGACCAGUGACUUCAAUCUUUCCAAGAAACAUCACAUGCUUCCACUCAAAUUAAAUUAAACUUGGUAUUUAAUGUACAUAAAGAUGGACCUGAUAAUACUGUUGCCUUUUUUAUUUUAAAUUACCUCAAUGCUCACUAUUGUUGAAGUUUAUUUUUAAGUUUUAUUUGUGUGUUAUAGUCAAUUUGACAUGUAUAAAUAAACUAAUAACAAUUGA